AUGCAAGGACCUAUCAAGAGUGGCCAACUCGCUUGUCUGGCCAACUCGCUUAUUAAAUUAUUAUCUGGAACACUGUAUAAUAUGAGUACGCGAUAA